AUGAACCAGUGCCAUCAAGAGUCCGGCAAAAUAACUGCAACUGGAAAGGUGGAAAAACCUUGGUGAAAUUCCUUUGUUUUCAGCCUUCGGUCUUCGUAAGCUCAUGAAGGUUGAAGAUGGGUGGUUGCUGGAGUGCUGGACAUGAUGGGGCCAGCGUUCGGGGUGACCCCGCCGAUGGAACAGUCGGUUCAAUGCCCCUAGGUCGAAACCAGCCUUUAAAACCAGAAAGCCCAAAGUGGAAAAGUGAUGUCCCUCUCACAGAUGGUCAACUACGGAGUAAACGAGAUGAAUUCUGGGAGACGGCACCAGCCUAUGAGGGAAGGAAAGAGAUUUGGGAUGCUCUUAAAGGUGCAGCUCUGGCCAUGGAGUCAGGGGAUCAUACUUUGGCUCAGGCAAUCAUUGAUGGCGCUAAUAUAACAUGCCCUAAUGGAAUGCUAACAGAUUGCUACGAUGAAUUAGGAAAUCGUUAUGUCCUUCCUGUCUACUGUCUAAGCCAGCCCGUAAACAUGGUCGAGGACGAGAGUGAAUCGGACUUGGGGCAGGACGAACCCCUUCCCGUAGGGGGCGUUGAAACGACCAUCAAACUUCGACUGUCCACUGGCAAGGACGUCAAAAUGACCGUCCGGUCAACGGAGACCGUGCACCAGGUCAAAAAGCGACUGAACACUCAGGCUGGAGUUGAGCCCAUGCGUCAACGCUGGUUCUUCUCAGGGAAAUUGUUAACGGACAAAACUAAGAUUGAGGAGGUGAAGAUACCGAAGGGUUACGUGGUGCAGGUGAUAGUCUCCGAAGCUAAUCCGCCACCCGUGGAUGGAUGACGUUAGGGUUAUUAGAAUGGUGCAUUAUACUAACGGACAUGUGCUCUUAUUUUCACUUUUUCAAUGUGUACCCUCCUCACAGUAGUCAAAAUUGUGAACGUGUCAUCCCCUGAUUCAGGGGUUAAUUUUUUAUUGUUUUUUCCCCCUCUCUGUUUUUUAUUCCAUUGAAUGUUCACAUGAAAACAAUGCACCUUUUAAAUGGUCAAUUAAUACCACAACAUCAAUAUUCAAGCAACAAUAUUAAAAUUUCAGCAAAUAGAUUUGUUGAUGUUUUUAUGCAAAGAUAAGUUUGAUUUUUAAAACUGGCGAAUCAGUUUAUCUAAAAUAAAAUUAGCAAAACAGAAUUGCACUUUAAGCCUCAAUCCAAGCCUGGAAUUUCAUACUUGAGGGGACAAGGCCAUUUUCUCCUUGCAAUGGGCACUUCCUUUGGAAAAUCUUAAAGUCUACAGGAAACUGUUGAUGAGGCACCAAGGCCAAGACCAGGGUCAACAGAGAUCAUGGCCUUCAUGUAAUUCCAAGCCUGCUAAGCACAACUCAAACCCCAAAUUAAACAGCUGGUUCUGUUUAAUAUUGUCCAAACAAAAUUGUGUACUGCUAUAGACCCUUUGUCAUUAAACCACUAUCUUGGUCAUGUUCCCUGUACCCAACGACAGUAAUGGAUGCUUAUAUUCAUUAUACAGAAAGGAACCAGACUAUAUUUGCCCUUCCAGCCUCGAUGCGUUACACUGAGUAGAAUGGUAAAUAAUCAAGAUGGCCGCAUCAUGAUAAAUGUCUAUACUGAUUAUGUUUAACAUUAGAUGAGGCACACCACCACAAGUUCAAUACUUUGGUUUUUGAGAUACAGAGAUCUGGCGGAUUAUUAUCGAUUGUGUAUAAUAGUACAUUUAUUUUCUUAAAUGGUACAAUGUAGGGUCUGUAUCAUUCCAGGGCCAAAUAGAGCUGCUUAAGCGAAAAAAGCUGCUAAGCACAAUAAACUUAUGCUUACCAGAACAAGGUUACCAGCAAAACUGCCAUGUCUCUUAUACAAUUUGUCACUGGUAUCCUGCUCAUUUCAGCUAUAAGCAGGAAAUGGUUAAGCAAUAUUUUCUGCUGAAGCAGCUCUAUGAAAUUUGGACCUGGUGUUGAGAGUAAGGGAAUUCACGAGUUAACCAGUGAUGCAUAAUAUUCUUUGAAAUGUGACACAUGCUUGUUUUUAUAAAUGAAGUCUAGUGUUUGACAGGUCAACCUAGAGAUAGGUUGUUGCCUGCUGGUCAGGCAUUGAAUGGUUAGUAAUCAUAGUUUAAAAUGCAGAUCAGUAGACAAAUUCACAUGAUCAGUGUAUAGUAAAUGAAAUGCAUAAAAUCCAACUUGAUUAAAAAGUGUUCUUUUUGAGCUUGGUCAAAGCAUAGUUUUAUCUGUACAAAAUGAACAUAUUUGUAUGGGCAAUCUUCAACAGGUAAAAAACAUUUUUUUAUGAGUAAAGAGUUAAACCCUAAAGACUGUGCAAGUCAAACAUUUUUGGGGACCACUCUGGUCCAAUGUUCACUGCUUUAAUUGCGUGACGGAAACAACUCGCGCAUUUUAAGGUGUGCUGAUGUUUUAAGUCU